ACUUCCGGGCUAGGCUGUUUGUUUGGACUGGAGAAGGGAGGCGGCGGGCGAAGCGCACGUCGAGCGGGGGAGCGGCGCUGCCUGUGGAGAUCCGCGGAGGCCGACAAGAUUCGUUGGCUGCCGUCCCCGCUGCCGUGCACUGGGGGAUGGGGGGAAUGGCGAUUCACUGUAAUGGUUAAAGGCUGUGCAUAUUGGUCCUUGAGAACUCAAUCUGAGGUUAAAAACGACAACGAACACCAACCAUGAAAGAUCCAAGUCGCAGCAGUACUAGCCCAAGCAUCAUCAAUGAAGAUGUGAUUAUUAACGGUCAUUCUCAUGAAGAUGAUAAUCCAUUUGCAGAGUACAUGUGGAUGGAAAAUGAAGAGGAAUUCAACAGACAAAUAGAAGAGGAGUUGUGGGAAGAAGAGUUUAUUGAACGCUGUUUCCAAGAAAUGCUGGAAGAGGAAGAAGAACAUGAAUGGUUUAUUCCAGCUCGAGAUCUCCCACAAACUAUGGACCAAAUCCAAGACCAGUUUAAUGACCUUGUUAUCAGUGAUGGCUCUUCUCUGGAAGAUCUUGUGGUCAAGAGCAAUCUGAAUCCAAAUGCAAAGGAGUUUGUUCCUGGGGUGAAGUACUAACAUGUUGACUAGCCGGGCCCUCUUUUGGUGGAUGUAGCACAAUUUCCACACUGUGAAGGCAGUAUUAGAAGACUUCAUUGUAAAAGCUCUCGUCACUGUGUUACACUUAUGCAUUGCCAAAGUUGUUGUUAGUCUUGCAUGCUUAAUAAAAGUGCUGAGACUGUUACUGAGAAGCUGUCACACAGUUACUGAAAGUACAAGUGGCCCUGUGGCUUCAUGUAAAGACAGCAAUGGAAGAAGCACCAGUCAACUGUGACAAAGAACCAAAUUAAAUAACCUCCAAAUCUCACUGAAUUGUCUGUCAUUGAGGCUGAACUGGUCCCUUAGGGUUAAUUGACACUUUCAAAUGUCUGCACUUUUUUAAAAAAAAAAAAAAAAAAAAGUAAAUGAGUAAGUUUAAAUUAGGUUCUGAUUGUUAAACAGAUUUCUCAGUUUCAUUUGUCCAUCAAAAAUAACCUUUUCUGAAGAAAGUCUGUUAACUUGAAGUAAGUCAUUUCACAAGAAUGUCUUUGACCAAGGUCAGAAGGUGGUGGUCAGCUAGGAGCUAGUCUAGCUUUUGCCUGGUGUAUCAGGAGUGCUGAGUUCUCCCAGUGUUAAACAUGAGGAGAUACGAUUUGAGGCUUGCAACUUCUGAGGAUUCACUGCAUUACAGCCAUACACGUGUGAAGUCUAACACAGGACCAACACCAGCCCAUAAUCCAACUGAAGAACUAAAAAGAUGGAAGCGUGGUUUUGAGUGGUGCUCUUCCUUGCUUUGUUAACCAUCAUGACUAUAGUCUGCAGCACAACUUUUCUUUUAACAAAGCUAGAACAGUUUUGGCUUCUUAAGCUUCAUAUUUGGGUAGGUUAAGCUGCCAUACGUGUUCAGUGUGAAUAGUGUUUAAGUUGAAAAUAUUGUAAAAAAAUUAUAUUUUUUCAAAAAUAUUUAAAAAAAUAAAUAAUAGUAGAACUGA